AUGUCACAAUCAUUUGACGACUUUAUUAAGAAGCAGAAACAAACUCAAUCUAAGCCAAGAGGGUUUGGUUAUAGUGCUCAACAAGCACCUCUGUUCCAACCACUGGGACAACAACCAGGUUAUAAUCAACAAUACCAACAAGGAUAUAAUCAACAAUAUCAACAAGGAUAUAAUCAGCAAUUCCAACAAGGUGCUGGUUACGUAGCUAAUCCAGGAAGAUAUAACAAACAAAACAAUUAUUAUUCACAGAAUGCUAAUGAAUUCAUAAGUCCAGAACCAGAAUCAUUACCAACAAGUGGAAGAAAUACUCCUAAUCCAAAUGCUUCAACUACUUCAUUAACUUCUUUAAACACCGCAUUAAAUAAAUUAAAUCUUGAUAUUCCUUUCCAAGAUAAUUUAUUCAAUAUUGAACAAGCGUCGAAAAUUGGUGAAAUUAGACCAGAAGUUGAAUCUAUUAUUGAUCAAAUUGCUGAACAAGAUAAUUUAGAUAUUCUUAAUGAAUGGAAAUUAAAUGAUAUCUUGAAAUCUUUAUUAAAACCAAAGAAUUCCGCUUUAGUUAGAGAAGCUGCUUUAUUAAUUAUUCAACAAUUGGCUAUUAGAUUUGGUGGACAAACCCCCAAAGAAGCUUAUUUAUUACAAUUUUUUAGUACUGCUUAUGAUAUGUAUGCUGAUAAAGAUAAGAAUGUCACUAAGGCUGCUAAAGCCGCAGUUGAUUCUUUAUAUGGAAUUUAUCCAAUUCAAGCUUUAGGUUCAAUUGUUUUAGAUGAAUUAUUGGUAUAUUUCAAAUCAGGAGCUAAAUGGAAUUCUAAAAUUGGUACUUUGGUAACAUUUGAUAGAUUGAUUGAAGAUGUUCCUGCUGAUUUAUUAGAAUUAAAAUUCAUUAAUACUGUACCUGUUUUAACUGAUUUAUCAACUGAUUUUAAACCAGAAUUGGCAAAACAUGGUUUAUUAUCUUUAAAGAAAUUCGUUAAAGUAUUGGAUAAUUUAGAUUUACAAAAUAAAUAUGAUUUAAUUGUUGAUACUUUAGCUGAUCCACAACGUGUACCUGAUUGUAUUAAGAAUUUAAGUUCUGUAACAUUUGUUGCUGAAGUUACAGAACCAGCACUUUCUUUAUUAGUUCCAAUUUUAGAUAAAUCUUUAAAAAUGUCUUCGUCAAGUAAUGAACAAUUAAGACAAACUGUUAUGGUUACUGAAAAUUUAACAAGAUUAGUUAACAACAAAAGAGAAAUUGAACAAUUUAUUCCAAUUUUAUUACCUGGGGUUGAAAAAGUGGUUAAUAAUGCUUCAUUACCUGAAGUUAGAGAAUUGGCAAGCAAAGCAUUAAGCGUCAUUCAAGAUGCUGAAAAUGAACAAACUGAUGGGAAAUUCCAUGGAAGAAUCACUUUGGAUCAUGCAAAAGAAUUCUAUUACAAAGAUAUUCCUCAAGAAUUACAACCAAUUGCUGAUUCAUUAAACUUAGACGAAGAGAUUAUUGGUAAUUACUUAUCUACAAUCUUACAAUGUGAUGCUCAUGUUAAUGAUUGGAAACGUCUCAAAGAAUACUUAGAAAUGCUCAUCCCAUCAUCCCAACAAUCCAGAGAUCAAUAUAUCGAACUCGUUAUCACUAAUUUACGUGCCCUCUUCAACCCCGUCUCCUCCACCGACGGCCAAGACGAUGAUGGUGCCAUCGAGAUCGUAAAUGCCGAUUUCUCAUUAGCUUAUGGUUCUCGUAUGUUAUUAAACAAGACUAACUUACGAUUACUCAAGGGACACAGAUAUGGAUUAUGUGGACGUAAUGGUGCCGGGAAAUCUACACUUAUGAGAGCCAUUUCCAAGGGGCAAUUAGAAGGAUUCCCCUCGGCUGAUGAAUUAAGAACUUGUUUUGUUGAACAUAAAUUACAAGGUUCAGAAGCUGAUAUGGGUUUAGUUAGUUUUAUUGCUUCCGAUCCGAUGUUGGAACAUGUUGCCCAAUCGGAGAUUAAAGCCGCUUUGAGUGAAGUUGGAUUCCCUGAUGAAAGAAUAGAACAAAAGGUUGGGUCAUUAUCUGGUGGUUGGAAGAUGAAAUUGGAAUUAGCUAGGGCAAUGUUGAUGAAAGCUGAUGUAUUAUUGUUGGAUGAACCUACUAAUCAUUUAGAUGUUACUAAUGUCAAAUGGUUACAAGAUUAUUUAACUACCCAUACUAAUAUCACCAGUUUGAUUGUUUCUCAUGAUUCUGGAUUUUUGGAUCAUGUGUGUACUGAUAUUAUUCAUUAUGAAAAUAAAAAAUUGGCUUAUUAUAAAGGUAAUUUAUCAGAAUUUGUUAAAGCUAAACCAGAAGGGAAAUCUUAUUAUACUUUAACUGAUUCAAAUGUUAAGAUGGCCUUCCCUCCACCAGGGAUUUUAACUGGUGUUAAAUCAAAUACUCGUUCAGUUGCUCGUAUGUCAGAUGUUACAUUCACUUAUCCCGGUGCUGCUCAACCUUCAUUGAAGAAUGUUUCAUGCUCACUUUCAUUAUCUUCCCGUGUCGCCAUCUUGGGUCCAAAUGGGGCUGGGAAAUCCACCUUGAUCAAAUUAUUAACUGGUGAAUUAAUGCCUGAUUCAGGUAAGGUUGAAAAACAUCCAAAUUUACGUGUCGGUUAUAUCGCCCAACAUGCAUUACAACAUGUCGAACAACAUAAAGAAAAAACUGCCAAUCAAUAUUUACAAUGGAGAUAUAGAUUUGGUGACGAUCGUGAAGUUCUCCUUAAAGAAUCCAGAAAAAUCUCCGAUGAAGAAAAAGAAAUGAUGUCGAAAGAAAUCGAUAUUGGUGAUGGUAGAGGAAAAAGAGCAAUUGAAGCUUUGGUUGGUCGUCAAAAAUUAAAAAAAUCGUUCCAAUAUGAAGUUAAAUGGAAAUUAUGGUUACCUAAAUACAAUUCUUGGGUUCCUAGAGAAGUCCUCUUGGAACAUGGAUUUGAUAAAUUGAUUCAAAAAUUCGAUGAUCAUGAAGCAUCGAGAGAAGGAUUGGGAUAUCGUGAAUUAACACCAAAAGUCAUCUCCAAACAUUUCGCCGAUGUCGGGUUGGAUUCAGAUAUUGCCGAUCAUACCCCUAUGGGAUCCCUUUCUGGGGGACAAUUGGUUAAAGUUGUCAUUGCGGGUGCUAUGUGGAACAAUCCUCAUUUAUUGGUGUUGGAUGAACCUACUAAUUAUUUAGAUCGUGAUUCAUUGGGUGGGUUAGCGGUUGCCAUUAGAGAAUGGGCCGGUGGGGUGGUUAUGAUUUCGCAUAAUAAUGAGUUUGUGGGUGCGUUAUGUCCUGAACAAUGGAUAGUUGAGAAUGGGUCCGUUGUUCAAAAGGGUGUUGUCGAGGUUGAUAGUGCCAGAUUUGAAGACGGUGGUGCGGAUGGGGAAAGCAAGGAGGGAUCUCCAGCUCCAGUGCCAAUGAAGAAGAGAGCGGAUGAUGAUGAUUCUCCGGCUAAUAUUAAGGUUAGAACUAGAAAGAAGAAGAUGACUAGAAAUGAAAAGAAGGCUCAAGCUGAAAGAAGAAGAUUGAGAUAUAUUGAAUGGUUAAGUUCUCCAAAGGGAACUCCAAAGCCUGUUGAUACUGAUGAUGAAGAGGAUUAA